CACCCGAUCAUUGAUAUAAACAGGCUCUGUCUUCAGCCAGCCUUUAGUAGGUUGGACAAACUGAACAGUCAGUAAAGGUUCACCAUGUUGUCUGCACCCUUUGUCCUUUGGAUCUUAUCAGCAUUGGUUUACGUAGGAAGAAGCCAUCAUCACAUAGGGCAUGGUGAGAAAGCCCAAGACACCGCUGCAGACGAUGGCAAUAACAAAAUCUCACUGGUGACCUCAGCAAACAAAGAGUUUGCCUUCCGUCUCUACAGGAAGUUAGCAGGGCAUGCUGCCUCCCAAGGCAAAAACAUCUUCUUCUCCCCAUUUAGUGUCUCUACUGCCUUAACUGCUUUGUCUGUGGGGGCACGAGGUGAGACCCAUCAGCAGCUGUUUCGUGGUCUGGGCUUCAGCAGCUCCCAGUUGGCUCAGACAGAUAUAGACCAGGCCUUUCGUAUGUUCUUUGCAAACACCUCUCAGGACAUUAGCCAAGGCACCGCUGUGUUUGUGGACAGCAUCCUUAAGCCAAAGCCUGAGUUCCUAGAUGCCCUGAAGCAGUCCUUUUCAGCUGAGGGUUUCAGUGUUGACUUCACCAAAACUACAGAGAGCGCUGAUGCCAUCAAUCAGUAUGUCUCAGAUAAGACUAAUGGAAAGAUAAACAAGCUGGUAGAAAGCCUGGAUCCAGGCACAGUCAUGUAUCUUCUCAGCUACAUCUACUACAAGGGAAAAUGGGAAACUCCCUUUGAUCCUCGAGAUACCAGGCAGGAUGUGUUCAGAGUGGGAGAAAACACUGAGGUUCAAGUUCAGAUGAUGGAAAUGGAAAAAGAUGUUAAUACUUAUCAUGACCAGGCUAUCAACACAUCGGUUCUCCACCUGCCUUUCAACAACUCCUACUCCAUGUUGCUGCUGUUACCGGAAAAUAUGACAAUACUGGAGAACAAUAUCAGCCCUGCACGUGUCACCAAAUGGUUGAAGUGGAUAAAGACAGAGACGUACAACAUCUAUGUUCCAAAGUUCUCCAUCAAGACCUCCUAUAAGCUGAAUGAUGUGCUGACUGAAAUGGGAAUGGCAGACAUGUUUGGGGAUCGUGCAGACCUCAGCGGCAUUGCAGAGGGACAGAAACUAGCUGUGUCUGAGGUUGUGCACCAAGCCACGCUGGACGUAGACGAGGGCGGAGCCACAGCUGCAGCAGCGACUGGUAUAGGCCUUAUACCUCUGUCUUUCCACUACGUCCCAGAGCUGAAGUUCAACCGUCCUUUCAUGGUGAUCAUCACUGAUCGAACUGCAGAAAACAUGCUUUUUAUGGGCAAGAUUGUCAACCCAAACAUCUGAGAGAAGACCUUUUGUUUAAGCACAGUUUUGUCAGUACUGAAUACAAAGAAAAUACUUUCUUUGGUGUCUUGUUCUCAUUGCAUUCACAAGUUAUAUGUAAUACGACUCUCAUUUGUAUUUGAAGUUCAUUAAUAAAUAAAAAAGCAAUGCAAGACAGCGUUAAACAAUAUCUGAUUGAAUUCUGAGAAUUUAAAUAACAAUCACCAGGAAAUCUAAUUAACUGCUUUCAAUAAAAAAAGUCACAAAA